AUGUUUUCUUUAUUUCAGGCCUGCUCACCUCUAGCCCUUCCAAAUGAACCAAAUCAGCAAUCUAUUCAACAACUUAAUUUGCCUGGAUUCAGCGAUCCUGACCUCCCAAUUUCCAGUCUUAUUAAACUGUACGCCGAUUGUAUCUUGCAUGGCCGAGUCAGCCUCAAAGAGACUGCUGCUCAGGGUCUCGCUGAGUGCGUCGCUCUGGCUGACGGGUGUGCUAUGCAACGCUGCGUCGUAAAGGUGAUCGGCCCUAUGAUCCGCUUGCUGGGCGAGCGGCACUCGAAUGUUGUCCGCUUUGCUGUGAUAGAAGCUUUAGUCUUGUUAAUGUCUAAGUGCACCAUGGCCACACGGCCUUUCGUCACUCAGCUUCAAGCCACCUUUGCGAAAUCCCUAGGUGAUCCAAAUCGACCCUCGCGCCUACUUGCAGGCCGCGGUCUUGUCAAUCUAGCCUCAAUGACGCCUAAACUCGACGUUCUUCUCGUCGAUCUGGCUAAGGCAGCUGCUUCUUCAUCACUUGUAACUGCUUGUCUGCCUACACGUUCAGCUGGUGCGGCUAAGGUUAUUUCGUCAGCUUCAGGCCUUCGCACUCCCUCCCAAGCUGUAACUGGCGUUUCCCUUUAUCCGUAUGCCUUUUUAAACUCAAUAAUUUCCGCUAACUUUCAAUUAUUUGCUUGA